UGUAUAAAUAGACGGUGAAUGUCUGUAGAGAUCAGACGACGUUCGAACACUUCACUAGCUCCCAACCAGCUGUUUAUCCCGCAACAACCUUACAAGAACAAUGCUGUCUGUGUGUCUUCUUCUAGUUGUAUCUCUGGGUAUGUGCAGUGGUACGUACAAUUUUAUGUACGGCGGCGGAGUUGGUGGUGUCGGCAGAGUCGGCGGAAUGGGUGGCGUCGGCGGCAUCAGCGGUUACAGAGGGUAUGGCUUCGACGAUGAUGAAGGAUAUCGAUUUGGUGGAAUGAGCAGAAUUGGGAUGGGCAGGCAGGGCUACGGAAUGAGCAAAGGUUAUGGAAUGGGAGGAAACAUGGGAGGAUUCCCGUCAGUCCAGUCCGGAUCAAUGGGAUUUGGACGUUUCCCCCCAAUGGGAGGUGCCAUCGGGGGUAUGUCUGGUCCAGGGGGAAACGCUUUUGGUGGAUUUGGCAGGGGACCCCUCGGGGGUUCGGCUGGUUUUGUUGGUGGUAGAAGGUUUCCUGGAUACCCCGGCGGAAACCGCAGAUAUCCUAAAGGCAAAGGAAGAUUUGGCAACUAAACCAGCCAUAGCCCGUCAUUUUGAUACCACGUGACCUGUAUUGUAUGAUUUAAACUUUGUCUUUUGUUCCUAAUUUAUUUAAUUGUUCGUCCCUUCCAUUUUCUGUUUGAAAUAAAUUAUUUCUGAUCAUG